AUGGUGACAGAGGUGCGAGGGUUCACCGACCCACAGAAGGAGCAGUACUUCAGGAAGAGGUUCACAGACCAGGCCACAGCCGUCAUCUCCCACAUCAAGAGCGUCCGCAGCCUCCACAUCAUGAGCCACCUGCCGAUCUUCUGCUGGAUCCUCUCCACAGUUCUACAGAAGCUUCUGGAACAAACAGAGGAACCAGAGCUGCCCCGGACUCUCACACAGAUGUACAUCCACUUCCUGGUGGUGCAUCUUAAACAGAAGAAUGUCAAAUAUGAUGAGAAACUGGAGGCAGAUUCUGCUUGGUCUCCUGAAAACAGGAAGAUGGAGUUUCUGGCUGCUCUUCACGUCCAUCUGACCUUCUACAGCUCUGGAAAGAACCUGCUGGAGACACCACACUCCUCUGACGGGAACCUGCUGUCUGUCAUAAAAUAUUCAGAGGAGAUUGAGGACUAUUCAGAUACAAAUGAUCACUUCUCAGGUGACUACUCCUUCAAAGCCCCUAAGGCCUUCUACCGCUUUGCUGUGGACCAGGCCUUACAGAGUCCAAAUGGACACCUGGACCUGUUCCUCCGAUUCCUCCUGGGGCUGUCUCUGUCGACCAAUCAGCACCUGCUGCAGGGUCUGGUGACUCACACAGGAAGUGGAUGGAGAAAUCAGAGGCUGCUGCACAGUCUGCGAACUGAUGCAGGGAGUCUGCAGACAAAUGUGGAGACAGUAAAGUACAUCAGACAGAAGCUGAAUGAGGGCGUGUCUGCAGAGAGAAGCCUGAACCUGCUCCACUGUCUGAACGAGCUGAACGACCACAGUCUGGUGCAGGAGAUACAGAAGGUCAUGAGUGAAGGACGUCUCUCUGAUAGAGACAUGUCUCCUGCUGAAUGGACGGCCCUGUGCUUCCUCUUACUGUUAUCAGACUCAGACCUGAAGGAGUUUAAUCUUCAUGAAUAUUGUGCUUCAGAGGACGUCCUCCUGAGGCUGCUGCCUCUUGUGAGAGUUUCAAAAACAGCUUUAUUAAAGCGUUGUCACCUCUCCUCUCGCUGCUGUGCUCCUCUGGCCUCAGUCCUCAGCUCCUCCAGUCUCACACAUCUGGAUCUCAGUGACAACGACGUCCAGGACUCAGGAGUGGAGCUGCUGUGUGCUGGGCUGAAGAGCGCCCCCUGCAGACUGGAGACGCUCAGGUGA